AUGGCCAACACGUCCGACAUACCAAGCAAGCCACUGAAUAGUGCCUCGGAAAUUACCUUCGACGCCGGUGUCAUCAAGGACGAAAUGCGCACCAGUACAGAAUCACCCAAGCUCGACAUCAUGAUCUACCAUUUUGACGCCGCAAGGGGUGGGUUCGAAGCCGGUCGCUGUCUCCCGUUCGACAGCCACGAUGUCGUAAACAUCUACAGUUUCCAACGCGUAUUAAUUGACAUGACACGUACGCGAUACAGCAUGGUGAAGGCUGUGAUCGCUAAGGAGGGGGAUAAGGGCACUGAAUACAGGGUGGCUGAUGCAGCCCGUUUCGCAGUGCUUUUCCGCAAAACAGAGAAGAAAGCUAAGAAGUCUAGGACCUCCAGAAGCUUGAUUGGCGUCAUUCACAAAGUUGGCGAAGGAUCCAAGUUUCUAGACACCAUCAAAUACGAAGGGCUACCUCUGCUGGAUCGCGCGGAUUAA